CUCCUGAUGUUACCCAAUACCCCGUAUUCGCACGACAUAUUCCUCCUCCCAUUCUUUCCCAACUAUUCUCCUUCUCUACAUCUUCCUCUUCACUUCCAUAAUCACAAGCUGUCUUCUCCCACUUCAUACUCCUCAAAAAUUCCGCCCUCUCUCCUCCGCUCACUCCAAAAUUUCACUCAUUCACAUCACUCCUUACCCCUACCUGGCACUGUUGUAUCAUCCUCACCUACUUCCUUCCCCCAGAUCUUUCCUUCAAACCUACCGUUUUUCCUGCCUAUUCCCACCAUCCUUGCCACUAUCACCUCUACCAGUCAGCCACAACCACCCUCUGCUCCUUCCUACCAUCGGUUUGCCUUUGUGGGUACCGUGGCGGUGGCUUGAUCAAGUUUUUCCUUAUCUCUUCUAUCUGGAAGCCUUUGCUACACUUCACUUAUCCCCCCUCUACCCAUCUUGCUCUUUUGUCUACGCUCAUUUUAAAUUUUUCGCCUCUCCCUGUUUCUUUGGCACCUCUCAUUCUCCCUGCCGAGAUUUUUGGGUUCACUUACCAUCCAUCACUUCACUUUUAUCCACGCCCUCCUCAGUUCGGGACAGUAAAAGCUCAUCAUUUUCAACAACAGCCGCAAAACUCUUCGCUCUAGACAUCGCCGAGUCAUCACCAAGUCGAUACCAUGGCGAAAUCGAAGAACAGCAGACAGAAGGGCCGAAAGAAUGCCACUCAAAAGGGUGAAUCCAGUGCCCAGGCCGCCAGACGCACUACCCAACUGGAGCUUCCAGAGGGUUACCAGAAACUUAGCCCCAACAACGGUGGCUCCAGCAGCUCUGGCCAUCCCAGAGGCAAUGGGAAGCUCAGCAAUGAGUCUAAGAAAGCCCAGGAUUCUGCCAGUUCUGCUGGAAAGCUGUCUCCCUCAUACCCCAAGCCGUGGGAGAUGUCAAAGCUUUAUGUAAUUCUCAAUUCUGAUCCUUUGCCGGCACCCAUGCUAACAGUUUCACAGGGUGCUCCCAUUGACAAGCCUGGAACUCUGAACUUCAACUACGAUCGUCCCUGGGUUUCUCUCGAGGGCAAGUAUGUGAAGUAUGAGCUCGCUACCGCUCUUGAGAAGGGUCGCCGUGAGAUAUUGCCUGCUGUGUUCCCUGACUACAUGCCGGAGCAGAAGCAGGAAGUUCGGAACCAGUACGAGAGAAGUGGCUUGUUGGGGUUGUUUGAGGCUCGUGACAGCUGCAACAAGAAUGCCCCGAAAGUUCCUGGGUUUUUGGGUGGCGUAAGUUUUGUCCUAGUUUCCCUGUUCAAAAAUUGCUGAACUGACACUGUUGUAAAGAUCAACCCUGACAUGAUUUCGGUUGAAGACACUACGCAAGUGGGCGCCAACGAUGCGAACCCACUAAUUGGAUUCCUCACCCAGAUUGAUCUCGCCAGAGAGAUCGUCAAUCUCUUGCAUCCGAGUGUGCGCAAUAUCACGGCAUUGGCCUUCACAUGCAAACAGGCCGGCCAAUACGUCGACCGAAUCAUGGUUAGUGCCUUACCUCUAACAUCUUCAACCUAUAUUCAAAUUUCGCUGAUGUUUAUCUCCCUAAAUUCGGCAACGAUGGAGGAGAAAUCAAGAGAGCUGGUGUACGGAGCGACAUUUUGGUCAUCACACCAACCUCCCCCAAGCCCCCGAGUCGCACGCCAUAUCUCGAUGAUUUCGGAAGGACUCUUCAUAUUAGUCAUGGUUAGCAUUCCGCAGAGUUUCCGACACGUUGUCCUUGACCGGCUACCCUUUUUAGACGUCAACAUGGUGGGUCUGGUUAUCAGUUCCAUGCCCAAUCUUGAGAGCUUGGCCAUCUCGCGUUGCGACCUUCUCGACGUCGCCAAACUCCCUGCAUUGAUCAAGAUCAUCAAGGAGCAUCCGAGAACGCCCCGCAACAAAGGCAAGGCCAAAGCCUUACGCACCAGUAACGCUGUAGAGGGCGAGAAUGUUGGGGAGAACGGCGGCCAGAACAGUAACGGUAACAGCAGUGCGGAUGACAGCAGCUCAACGGAGGACGAAGACCAGACGAGCAGCAACGACACAUCCCUGUUGACUGAGCCCGACACCGGCUUGAUCUCUACGGGUACAGCAGCAACCUCGGUGGGUGAUGAAGACCAGACGGGCAUCGACGUCACAGCAGCGACCACGGAUGCUGAGGGUAACGCUCCAAUCCACUAUAUACGAUUGGAUUUCAGCCCUUUCUUCUUCCGCGGCCCCAACACUUGCGAACGACUUGGAUCUUUUGGUGUUACGUACAACGAGCCCACAUUCCACACCCCAAAGGCCGUGGUAGCUCUUAUGAUGCAGUGUUGGGACGACGCGGAUACUAUCGGGAUGGACUUGAUGAGCGAUAGCUCUUCUUUCUUCAGCUUCGUCCGCCGUCUUCCCGGCUGGAACUGCUUAUGGUCCUUGAAAGCGCGGGAUGCUAUGCUGUCGUUUAAGCGGGAGACCAGUGAUAUCGUGCUCCCAGAAGACUUCCAGCGCACAGUCGAGCGCACAGCUCGCUCUGAGAUUAUCGCAGAGAAUCACGGCAGUUCUAGGGUUUCCCAGCCAGCCUUCCUUGAUCAAGUCAUAGCCCGUGUCGUAAAGCUCCGAAAGGGGAAGCACGACGAAAUCAAGAAGGAAGCCCAGAACCGCUUUUACGAUGAUCUGAUGGCAGCUACCAGUGGCGACGACUUCAGGCCGUCGGAUUACCCUCUCCCGAACAGUAUAGCGUUCUAUCUCGGUAACGCUGAAAACCACAACGCCUUCGGGUACUGGCGUCGGCAGUAUUUAUGUCAAGGCUGCAAAAAACUCCUGCCCCGCGUCCUGUUUGCAAUCGAACUCGAUGAUUGUUGGGGCUGCAAGAUGGUCGCCUUCGUCAGGGACAUGGAGAGCAGCGACCUUCGCCGCUGGAAGCAAAGCGCUAUUGGGUAUUACCUCAAGGGUCUGGACAUAAAGAAGGGGUCACUGACUGAUGUCAUUGACCCGGCCCGAGGUCGACACUUGACGGCAGCUCUCGGGGCGGCCAAGAUAGCCGAUUCUAUCUGGCUGAAGUUUAUGAACUUCUCCCCGACCGAUCUGAUGGUGUACCCCCCCGAGCCACCCAACCUACACAGGAACACCGCCGCUUACUCACGUUAUCGGUGGAAACAUAAUUGGCCAGAACAGGCGUUUGAUUACCGGGAGGGUGGUCCUCAACAUGAGGAUCCCUUCAAGCACCCAAACUCCGCCUGGGAAGACACCGAGCUCUGCGGCGGUGAGCCUCCCGAAAGCUUUAACACCAAUUUCCGGUGGUCAGAGGAAGCCAGUACGACUCUCUUUGAGGAGUAUAUCCGUCGAAACGGACUCGCGAAGCAGAUCACCGAUCCCGAGGCCCAGAAGAGGAUCGCCGCUGCAAAGGAGUGGGAGAAGAUUCGGCGUCUCCCCGGGCCAAAGGAUUAUUCAAAGAACGGAAUGUGGCACCUUGGACGGGACCUCAGGCGCUACUACCAGAACCAGGGUGACAAGUCGAUUCAUGCCUUGAUUCACGGAAGGGUCGAGAAGUGCAUUUGGUCCUUCAACACGCCUAUGCUGCGUCCCUUUGACCUUGACCACCCGAUUCCAGACAAGCGGGUUGACUACGAAGCCUGGGAGGAGCUCAAGGAGCGUGAGAUUUGGGAGUUGGUUCCUGCUGGCCACUCUAGGCGGUGGUUGUGAGCAGUCUGACUCCAGGUCGUCCACGAGGAAGGGAGGAGGAAGGGAGCUGUUCGAUAAGUGUGGCUCUUUCUUUAACGGAUCAGAAAACAGCAAAAAAAAAGGUGAGAAGCAGAAAAAGAACAAAAAAAAAAGAAAUAUGGGGGUAAUUUCUUGGUCAACUUUUUUCACCGUCCGAGGGCAUCAUCGGGGUCAUCUGGAAGGUUUUACAGCAUAUUUAGCAUUUUUCCUGGUGUGCAUAAGGGGGUUUAUACCCGGACAGUAAAAGGGCAUGGACUCGAUAUUUCAGAGUUAGGGGG